AUGGCCCCUGGGCGCGGUGCGACGGCAGCUGCUGCGUGCACUGCCUGUUUCCUCCUCCUCAUCGUGCUGCUCCUGGGCCGCCGCUGCGCCUUUCGCCUUCCGACCUCGGCGUUCGUCCCGCCACCCGCGGGCCUUGCGCCCUGGGCGGACCGGUCACUAGAGGUCUUCGGGGUCCUGGUCGCUGCGGCGCCGCGCGUGGACCCCCGCACGCUGCUCCACGCUGCGGCGGUGCUGGCUGAGUUCUUGGACCAGGACCAGGAUGGUUUUGCAGACGUGCCCGAGGUGUCUUGGCAGUUGCAAGAGCACCAGGCGGUGGUCUUGCUCCUUGCAGAUGAAGACGAGUACCUGACUGGCGCUGGCGCCGUCGAAGGCCUGGAGAGUGAAGUCAUCAAGAACGACAAUCCAGGCUGGAACUGCUCCGUUCGGGGUGUUUUCGUCUUCUCCGAACUUUUCCAGACAGAGACAAGGCGCAAAGAUGGAGAAGAUGCAGCCUGGGAGGAAAUUCUGCACCUCAUCACUCACGUCGGGUAUGGCUGCGCUUUUCCAGAGAGGUGGGGCUUCCAACAGAUCUCCGAGAAGGGCAUCCGCUCGGAGCUUUCACGUGCUCUGGACAUUGCUUUGGGCAGCUGCCCUCCCAGCUACACCGGCCGACAGGGACGCAAGGAGAGAGACUGCCAUUACUUCUACGAGGGAGGCCGCAGCUGCAGCCCCUCACUGGAGCACGAGUACUCGCACUGCACACAGGAGCUGCUCCGCCUGCACGACCCAGAAGGCUUUCGCCUCGCGGGUCUGCUGCCACAGGGGCUGCCACGAGGCCUCUACAGACCAGCGCACAGCAUUUGGGGCGACCUCGACGACCUCUGCCCAUUCUGA